AUGUCGAACAGGCCGCACCCGCUUCGGCAGUCGCAGACGGCCACCGACUACAAUUCGGUUUUGCGGCAGCCCUCGACCGCGUCUUCGUCGGCAUCCUCGGGCUACUCCAACUCGUCGGGAGCUUUCGAGUUUGGACGGACGUCCAGCACGCUGUCUGGAUCUUCGUCGCCCUCCAGCACCUACUCCACCGGCGGCCACAAGCGCGGACAAAGCGAGGCCAGCCGCCUCCCCCCAACCCUCCAUGCCUCGCACACUUAUCCGUCGACGCCCAUGCCCGAUAGCAAUCUUUAUAGUGCGGCUCGCCAGUCACUCCGACCGCUACCCCAGGUUCCCGCCGGUCCCAAGCCUCCGACAACGCCGCCCCGCGUCUCCAGUCGCCACGAUCGCGGCCAGAGCCUUGAUAUAAGCAAGCUAUCCAUAGCCCAACAAGAGCGUGCCUCCCCCUCUCCACCCCGGGCUCCGCGCCCCGGCCUUCUCCGUCCAAACUCUAUGCUCUUGACUCGAUCAGACUCGGUCCGUCGGAGCGGCGAAGGCGGCCCGCCUCCCCUAAUCCACUCUCAUACAAGCCCUCUGACUACUCCGGACAUUGAGCGGCUCGGUCGUUCGUCGACAAGCCAGCUGCGUACAUUGUCGCGACUGGCGCAGGAUGGCUCUGCGGAAGAGUUCGGCAUCACUUCGUCGGCACAGGAGGUCACUGGUCUCAGAGGCCGACGAAGGCUUCAGCGAACUGAUACUGACAGCACCGCACGUCCCGGCCUACGGAAUGGCGGUGGGUAUAGCUGGGACAACCGGAACUGGAUAGAACAGCAGCGGCAGUUUCUGCAGGCGUAUGAAUACCUGUGCCACAUUGGCGAGGCCAAGGAAUGGAUCGAGGACGUGAUACAUCGCCCCAUCCCUCCAAUCGUCGAACUAGAAGAGGCCUUGCGAGAUGGCGUCACCUUGGCCGAGGUGGUGGAGGAGCUGAAUCCGCAUCGCAGGUUCAAAAUAUUCCACCAUCCGCGCCUCCAGUACCGGCAUUCGGACAACAUAGCCAUUUUUUUUCGCUAUCUAGACGAAGUCGAACUACCAGAUCUCUUCCGCUUCGAGCUCAUCGAUUUAUACGAAAAGAAGAACAUCCCAAAGGUUAUUCACUGUAUCCACGCGCUGAGCUGGCUCCUCUACCGGAAAGGGAUAGUGGACUUCCGCAUCGGCAAUCUUGUCGGCCAGCUCGAGUUUGAGCACCAUGAGCUCGAGGCUACGCAAAAGGGCCUCGAUAAGCUGGGUGCCAGUAUGCCUAGCUUCGGCAACAUGGGUGCCGACUUUGGAGUCGAGGAACUCCCGGAGCCGGAGCCGCAGGAGACUGAGGAAGAGCGGAUCGGCCGGGAGCUUGCCGAGAACGAGGCAACCAUCGUCGACCUCCAGGCACAAAUACGCGGCGCUCUUGUCCGGAUACGGCUCGGAGACAACAUGCAGCUGCUCUGGGACACAGAGAGCUGGCUCGUUGACCUCCAGUCACGCAUUCGUGGAGACUUCACGCGCCAGAUCAUGGACUAUCGGCUUCAGAUGCGGCGCUUUGCAGUCGGAUUACAGAGUGCGGCCCGCGGGUUUCUUGCUCGCCAGCGACAGGAGCAAAAGGAGCGAUUCUGGAAGAGCAGAGAAAAGGAUAUUCUGAAAAUCCAGAGUCUGGUGCGGGCAUCCAAGGUCCGCAACGAGGUACGAGAAAAGCGAUCUCAAUUAUUGCUGGCGUCGGGUCCUAUCCGAGACACCCAAGCAACCUUUCGAGGUUUCUUAGUCCGCAAGCGGAUGCAGGCUCAGCAACGCGAGACGAGUCGCGUGUCUGGUCCAGUUGCUGGACUCCAGGCUGCGAUUCGCGGAGUGUUGAUGAGAAGGGUACUGGACGAGAACCGAGGUCUUUUACAAAGACAGGCUGCGACAAUAGCCGGCCUGCAGGCCGCCGCAAGGGCCGCGCUGACAAGGAAUCAGGUCGCACUGCAAAGGGAAGCUCUUGGUGUAUUUGCGACUAUGUGGGAGGCGCUUCAAGCUGCUAGCCGCGGAAACCUUGCUAGGUCCAAUGUUAAGGCGCUCAAGGCAGACCUCCGAACACACUCUCCGAGUCUGGGCCUCCUUCAGGCUCACAUCAGAGCAACUGCACUACGGCGGGGAAUAUCCGAAAGGCUAGAGAGCCUCGGCGAGGCGGAGCCUGUUGUCCUGGCGUUGCAGUCGAUGAUUAGAGGGAUGCUCGAGCGGAACCGACUCUCUGAUGAAAACGACGCGCUCCACGUGCAAGACUCCCAAGUCACCCUUCUCCAGUCACACAUCCGCGGAUACCUGCACAGGAGGGAGCAUGAAGAUUUCUUGGACGAGCUUCGAAGCAACGAAGCCAGCGUCACAUCACUGCAAUCUUUCGCCAGGGCGAUGCUGCUCCGAGGCGAUGUUGCGAACGUACUUGACGAACUCGAAGAGCAGGAGGAGUCAAUCAUGGCAGUCCAGGCUGCGGCUAACGCCUUCCUCGUGAGGGCCAAGUUCGAGGAGAAGAAGCGCUUCUUUAAGGAGAAUAUGCAGAAGGUGGUGAAGAUCCAAAGCUUCGUCCGUGCAAAGCUGCAGGGUGAGGCGUACAAGAGCCUCACUUCUGGAAAGAACCCGCCAGUCAACGCAGUCAAGAACUUUGUCCACCUACUCAACGACAGCGACUUUGACUUCAACGAGGAGGUCGAGUUUGAGCGGAUGCGAAAAACCGUGGUUCAGCAAGUCCGGCAGAAUGAGAUGCUGGAGCAAUACAUCGACCAGCUCGACAUCAAGAUUGCCCUACUGGUGAAGAACAAAAUCACUCUCGACGAGGUAGUCAAGCACCAGAACAACUUUGGCGGACAUACGAGCAACAUCCUAGCCAAUACGUCUAUCGCAAGUGCAAACCAGUUUGACUUGAAGGCUCUAAACAAGAGUUCGCGGAAGAAGCUUGAAUCCUACCAGCAACUAUUUUUUGCCCUGCAAACGCAACCGCAGUACCUGGCCAGGCUUUUCAAGCGCGUGCGAGAGCAAGGGACCGCCGAGAAGGAGUGCAAACGGAUUGAGCACCUUAUGAUGGGGCUUUUCGGUUAUGCGCAGAAACGACGGGAAGAAUACUACCUCCUCAAGCUCAUAGGGAGGUCCAUCCGCGAAGAGGUUGACGCCUGCAACACCCUCCAGGACUACCUCCGCGGCAAUUUCUUCUGGUCCAAGCUCCUACACAACUACACCAGGUCGCCGCGAGACAGGAAAUAUCUCAGGGAUCUUCUAGGCCCCCUGAUCAGGGACAACAUCAUCGAGGAUCCCGAACUAGACUUGGAAAGCGACCCAAUGCAGAUAUACCGAUCUGCUAUCAGCAACGAAGAGUUAAGGACGGGCCGGCCGAGUUCCCGGCCUCUCGACAUCCCCCGAGAGCUCGCAAUUAAAGAUCCAGAGACGAAGGCAGUCUUUAUCGAUCAUCUUCGUGACCUUCGGGAGAUUUGCGACCAGUUUCUCCUUGCACUAGAGGAUCUCCUCCCCCGCAUGCCCUACGGGCUCCGCUUCAUGUGUCGACAGACCUUUGAGGCCCUUUGCCAGCACUUCCAGCGCGACGACCAGAAGCGCCUUCUGCAGGUGGUUGGAAACUGGAUCUGGCGUUUCUACCUCCAGCCGGCACUUACAUCACCCGAAAACGUUGGGGUUGUCGAGAAACAGCUCAGUCCUCUCCAAAAGCGCAACCUCGGAGAGGUUGCCAAAGUCAUUGGCCAAAUCGCGUCGGGCAGGCAGUUUGGAGGCGAGAACAUCUAUCUUCAACCCCUGAACGCCUUCAUUGCCGAUUCCAUUGAGCGCUUCGCCCACAUAACUGAGACGCUCAUCGGAGUGCCCGACGCGGAGAGCACUUUCGACAUUGACGAGUUUAACGACCUCUACGCCAAGAACAAGCCGACCCUAUACAUAAAAAUGAGCGACGUUUUUUCUAUUCAUAAUCUUAUUGCUUCUGAGCUGCCAUAUUUAUGCCCAAAUAGGGAUGACAUGUUGCGCGAGAUCAUGCAGGAUCUCGGCAGCGCAAAAAAUAACGAAACCGAGAUGACGGCCGCAGGAUCGUCUGACAUCCAGAUGUUCCUCACCCCCAAGCUGCACGACAUUGACGACCCCGAGGCCGACGUCAAGGCCCUCUUCAUGGAAACAAAGCGGAGCAUAUUGUACAUCAUCCGGGUGCAGACUGGAUCGAACCUGAUGGAGAUUCUGGUGAAGCCUAUCACCCAAGAGGAUGAGCACAAGUGGAAGCUGUUGCUGAGAGAAGACUUUGCCAACGGCUCAAACACGCGAGGCGCCUACUCGGAUGCGAACAUGGUUGACGUGACGAGGAUGUCGUACUACGAGUUGAAGAGGACGGCCCUCGAAAACGUCAUGAGGUUGGAGCACAUGGGCCGCAUCUCUCGACACAACUAUUACCAGGACAUUCUCAACGCCAUCGCCUUGGAUAUCCGUACCAAGAGCCGCAGGAGGGUCCAGAGGCAACGAGAGCUCGACGGGGUCCGCCUUACGCUUGGCAACUUGCACGAGAAGGCCAAGUACCUGGAACAGCAGCGGAAGAGCUACGACGACUACAUUGAGCAAGCCAUGGCGACGCUUCAGACCAAGAAAGGGCAAGCGCUUGACACGAUAAAAAAACGCUUCCUCCUCCCCUUCACAAAACAAUACAACCACCAGCGCGAGCUCGAGCGCAGCGGCCGGGUGCCCAAGUUCGGCUCCUACAAGUACAGCGCGAGAGCCCUCUCGGACAAGGGCGUGCUCGUGUCGUGGUCGGGCGUGCCCGACCGCGAGUGGGGCCAGAUCAACCUGACCAUCUCGUGCGACGAGGUCGGCGUCUUCUCUCUCGAAGGCUCCCGCGGCCACAUCCAGAUCCCCGGCGCCAGCGCCCUCGUCCCCGUCGAAGACCUCCUCCAGGCCCAGUUCGAGUCGCACCAAUUCAUGAGCCUGUUUGAGGGGAACCUGCGCCUCAACGUCAACCUGCUGCUGCAUCUGCUGUACAAGAAGUUUUAUCGCACCGUGUGA